AAGGAGUAUAUAAGCUUAGAGCUCAAGUGACCUCCCCAUUCUUCUAUUUCUCUAUGCUCAAUCAUUUUGUCGAUAUGUAUUCCAAAUGUCCAUUGUGUGGUCGCGACUACGCUCAACUCAGCCAGCACCUGAAGGUGUUGCACGGUGUGGUUAAUUUGGAGGAGAGACGCCUCCUUGUGCUUGAAUCCGGCCGGGUCAACGUCCGUCAGGGAUGUUGCCCCGUGCCGGGAUGCCAGAAGGAGGUGUCCAGGAUGGAUAGACACCACUUCUCCCACUCUGAGCACUCGGCAAAGGCACGCCGGGUCGCCUUUGCCGAGAGCAAGCGGCAAAAAAUAUUGAUGGAGUUGGCAUCCCUGAGAGCUACGAACCCGGCGGUUCCGAUGGUGUUUUCCCUCGACCUGCGGGGGAAGGAGAGCAGGCUGGGGAAGGCAGGACUGCAGCUCCGAGGCCUGUGGGCGGGCUCGCGACAGGCUGAGGGCGACCAACGCCGACCUCAACGAUCAGGUCGACGCCCUCACGUCUUCCUUGGCGGAGCUCACGAAAAGAUACAAAAAACUUCUUCGUCGGCAGAUGGCGAGGCCAGCGCAGGAAGUCCGGAGGGUGACGGGAAAGCUUCUCAGCGCUCUGGAGGCUCCGGUGUCUCCGGACCGGGAGGAGGCACCACCGGAGGCCACCGGAGACUCUCCUCCGGAGGUAGAAGCUGGGCCCGUCACGCCACCCCCGCAACCUGAGGAGGAAGAGGGGGGAGAGUCAAGCGGCCCUCAGUUUCCGGACCACGUGGUCGCCCUUAACGAGCUCCUGGCGGAGUUCAGGAGGCACCACGAGGGGCCGGAACCCAGCAGGAAGCUGAGGGACAAUGUUACUAGCAAGGUCUACCGGAUCAGGGCCUUCGUGGCCUACAUGGCGGAGGGGAAAAGCCGGCUGGCCACAUUGCGGUUCAUGGACGACCCUGAGAGGAUGAGGACGUGGGUGACCAAUCUCAGGGCGUCCAAAAUGACCGAGACUACCUUAAACCAUUAUCUGAACAACGUGGCCCAGUUCCUGGACUACGUGUAUGAGACCCCUCCGCCGACCUCCCGCCUGUCCAAGAAAUCCAUGCUGGGGAUCAGGCGGGAGGUCAGGGCCCUGCUGAAGGGCCUCCGUAGAGGUGUUGUGAUGCACCAAAUUGGGGUGAAACAGGCCAAAGAGGGCCGCGUCAUCCCCAAGGCGGUGCUCCGUCAAUGCCUCUCGGAGGCCAAGAAGCGUAUCCCGGAGGUCCUGGACCAGCUUGAGAACGACCUGCAACAGAAGACCCAGUUCUCCUUCUAUGGCUACUUGACGGCCUACUACGCCUCCAUUUACGGGCACCGGCUGGGGGUUUUUCAAAACCUCACCAUCCGGGAGGUGGAGGGGGCCGUCAAGUCGCCAAGCACGGGGGACUACCUUGUAAACGUAAGCGGUUUCCCCCAAGCGUAGAUCGGAAAUCGUCGCGCCUGGCACGACCUCACUCUCUCUCUCUUUUCUCUCUCGCAGAUCUCUCUACACAAGAUGAACCGGGCGUUCGGCCCGGCGCAGCUGUCCCUGACCGCCGAAGAAUACGGAUGGUUUCGGCGGUUCCUGGCACUGCGCGACCGGCUGGUUGGCGGGCGGGACGCCCUUUUAUUUUUUUUACAUCGACACCCAACCCCUGCAAGGACCUAAACAAUUACUUUCAAGUGGCUUGGGUGUCGAUGGGCCUGCCGGGGAAACCGACCUUCAUGGACAUGAGGACCUCCAUCGCCACCCACGUAAACGCCGGACAACCGUGAUAUCGUUAGAUUUAGUUUGUACGUACGCUCGCGACUGACCCUUUGUGUUCUUCUCUCUUUCGCAGGCCUGUAACACCCACUCGAAGGCCGACCGGGAGAAAGUGGCAAAAUUCAUGUGCCACGACACCUCCACGGCCGACAGGUUCUAUGCCAUGAACCUCAAUGUCAGGCAGGCCGUGGAGCA